CAGCCCUGCCCUCGCCACUGUCCUGCUGACUUUGCUGCUGGGCGGUGCAGCCCAGGCCGCGGAGAUCGUGGGCGGGCGGGAGGCGCAGCCCCACUCGCGGCCCUACAUGGCGUCCCUGCAGGUGCGGGGCACCCGGGGCAGCCACUUCUGCGGCGGCACCUUGAUCCACCCGAGCUUCGUGCUGACCGCCGCGCACUGCCUGGAGGACAUCCCGGCCCACCUGGUGAACGUGGUGCUCGGAGCGCACAACGUGCAGACACCUGAGUCCACACAGCAGCAGCUCCAGGUCGCUGAGGUGUUCCGGAACAACUACAACGCGGAGAACCACCUCAACGACAUUCUCCUCAUCCGGCUCGACCACCCGGCCAACCUCAGCGCUGAUGUCACCACAGCCCAGUUGCCCCAGCAGGGCCAGGAGCUGCCCCACGGCACCCAGUGCCUGGUCAUGGGCUGGGGCCGCCUGGGCACCAGUGCCCCAACACCCAGCGCCCUGCAGGAGCUCAAUGUCACAGUGGUCACCUUCCUGUGCCGGCCGGAAAACCUGUGCACACUCGUCCCCCGACGCAGCGCUGGCAUCUGCUUUGGAGACUCCGGUGGCCCCUUGGUCUGCAACGACACCCUCCAGGGCGUGGACUCCUUCGUGAUCGGGGGAUGUGCCAGCCGCCGAUUUCCCAACUUCUUUGCGCGUGUGGCGCUCUACGUGGACUGGAUCCACUCCGUGCUGCGUGGCACAGGGGGCGAGGGCAGUCCCGGAGCCGCCCCCUGCCACAGACCCCGUCCCAGGCACUGAGCCCAGGCGACAGGCCCUAAAGGAGGAACUUCAGGCAGAGGCAGAUCUUCACACCUCGCCCUAUGGAGACGCCAAUAAAAGUUGA